CGUGGGUUGCGCACGUCAAGUACCCCUGAAAAAACAGGACCCGCCCUCUAAUCAGGAAUUCCUUGAGGACAGCUGGGUUGUCCAGGCUUCAACCUCAUGCACUUUGUCGCGCCGCCUUCUCCAGUUGCGCUUUUGAAAUUGAUUACUCUGGCGAUUCCGCUCCAGCGCGACUCUUCUUUAGUCACCCCCCGUCCGAUGGCGAGCGGCCACAAUGGACGGUGAUCCGGCAGUCGAGCCGGAGCUUGACUCCUUCAGCUUGGCCUUUCCGCUGCCAUACCGUGUCGGCUUCAUCGCAACUUUGGCUGUCUGGGGAUGGGGCCUUAAUCUUCACCAACUCUACCUCCUCAAGGUCGAUGUGCCGUCGCUAAUUCGAUACCCUGGCCGAUCCUCACCACACCACGUGCCACACCAUGGCUCGACAUACCGGCUUGCGACAGUCCUGUCGGUCCUCUUCUGUAUAUCAAUCACCCUCUUUUGGCUCGUUACUUGGGGGGUUCCUGCGCGCGUCCUCGCCUACCAGUGGAUGCCGUUGGUCUACCUCCUCGUCCUCGUCGCCAUGUUCAUCGUCCCUCUUCAACACCUCCCGAGCGGCGGAAGGAGGCGCUUUUUGGCCACGUUGCGACGUGUGAGCAUCGGCGGAAUAGCAGAGGCGCAGGAUGGAAAGUUUGGCGAUAUUCUGCUUGCCGAUGUCUUGACGUCCUACGCCAAGGUGUUCGGGGACUUGUUCGUCACCAUCUGCAUGUUCUUGACCCGUGGCGGCUCGACUGACCGACCCGAUCGCAACUGUGGAGGAACCGUCAUUGUGCCCCUCAUCAUGGCUGUGCCGAGCAUGAUCCGGUUCAGGCAAUGUAUGAUCGAGUACUACCGUGUCCGGGGAGCGCCAUACAAGGAGUCGACAGGCUGGGGCGGCCAACAUCUGGCCAACGCGCUAAAGUAUUCGACGGCAUUCCCCGUCCUGAUCACUAGCGCAUGGCAGAGGGCGGUCGAAGACCCGGGUACUAAGGCCGCUCUCAACAAGGCUUGGCUGGUUGCGGUGCUUGUCAACUCGCUCUACUCCUUCUAUUGGGAUGUAACUAAGGAUUGGGACAUGACGCUGUUCGCGUCUAAACAGGAGCGCGAAUCCAAACAUCACCCGUUUGGUCUCAGAGACCGAUUGGUCUUUAGGCCGAUCAACCUAUACUACGUGGUGAUUGUCGUGGACUUGAUGCUGCGUUGCACAUGGUCGAUAAAACUCAACCGACGCCUGGACAAGUUCAGCGACUUUGAGAGUGGCAUCUUCCUCAUCGAGUUUCUUGAGGUUUUCCGGAGAUGGGUUUGGAUUUUCUUCCGAGUCGAGACGGAGUGGAUUAGGCAAUCAUCCACAGGACUCGGAGUUGACGACAUUCUGCUGGGGAACUACCAAGGCAAGGACGACGACGAGCAAUAGCGGCGCCAACGGCAUGACCAGCCUGUCGGUGAACCAACGGCACCUCAACGGCAAUCUGACUGGCGUCUGGGUUGUUUUAUAGAUUGGGAUAUGUGAUGGUGGUGGUCAUGGUUGUACUAUUUGGGAGGAGUUUUGGUUUAGAAUCACGAUGGCCCCUCGGGCGGCAUAUUCAAAUUCCUGUUCUACUUAGCUUGUUGCAUCUCUCCAGUGGCGUCUCGCGCCAUGCUCCAUUUCGCCUCUGCCGAUGCAGAAUGCUGGCAUGACACAAGCGGCUUAUUGACGUCUCCUCCAGGAGGCCCCGGAUCCCGCCUGU